UUUUGCAGCACAUUUGCUAGUAUCAUGCAAAAAUGAACAGAGUUUUUACUUUUGCUUUGCUCUUCAUUUCAUUCUUUUUCAUCUUUGACACAACUGUAUGUGAUGAAACAGUGACUAGAGAUGCACUGCUCAAGUUUCUUGCAGAGGUUUCUAACAAUAAUAGUACAAUUCUUGGUACUAAUUCGGGCUGGAACUCGACAUCUGAUCCUUGCAAGGACAAGUGGCUUGGUGUUACAUGUAACGCGAAGACUCUCUCCGUGGAGAAAAUCAUUCUUGAUGGUUAUGAUUUUUCGUCUGGAACGUUUGAUGUUACCACGAUUUGUAAUGUGGAGCCUAUCGCGCACACCCUUUUCUUCCUGAGUCUGAAAAAUGGCCUACUUCAGGGGAAAAACUUUGACAGUAUAGAUAAAUGUAAGCAUCUAAGACAUCUUGUUCUUGGUGGAAACCGGUUCUCAGGUAGCAUUCCACAAUCAUUUUCAAGAUUGAAUAACUUGAAAAGGCUUGACAUAUCCAACAAUAGAUUAUCAGGUGUUCUCCCUGAUUUAUCUAGGAUUUCGGGCUUGAUUGAAUUCGAGGCUCAGAAUAACCAGCUAUCAGGAGAGAUACCUGAAUUUGAUUUCUCAAACUUUGUUGCAUUUAAUGUCUCUUUCAACAAUUUCAGUGGAUCGAUUCCGCCUGAGGGUGAUAGUUUCCCUGUUAGUAGAUACUUGGAAAAUCCUCUGUUGUGUGGCUCCCCGUUGGCUGGAAAAUGCUCAUCACUGUCCGAAGAUUCAGAAUCAGCUGAUCAUGACAAGCCAAAGAGCAGCUUGUCAAGAGAUGAAAUUCUCAUGUUUUCAGGUUAUUUCCUCAUAGGCCUGGCUCUGGUUCUUCUUAUCCUACUAUGCGUCUAUAGAAAACGGAAGCAGAAGCAGCAGAAGAAGAAAGAAUCAAGAAUCGAGCUGACGAAAAAGGUUGCUACAGUUGAUCAUGACAGUACUACUACAUCAAUGGAUCAAUCAAAGAAAGGCGCGAGCAAUUCAGAUAUCUCAUCAGCUGUCAUUUCUUCCGAUGACAGCAACACCGCGGUUUCACAGUCACUCGUGGUUCUUACGAGUCCUGAGGCGAAUAACGGAUUGAGAUUUGAGGAUUUGCUUAAGGCUCCAGCAGAGUUGCUUGGAAGAGGGAAACAUGGUAGUAUGUACAAAGUGAUGUGUGACAAUCCCAAAAUGACAAUGGCUGUCAAGAGGAUAAAAGAUUGGUCAAUAACUGGUAGUGAAUUCAAGAAGAGAAUGCAGAAACUAGACAAAAUCAGGCAUCCAAAUGUGUUGCCUGCUGUUGCCUUUUAUUCUUCUAGACAAGAGAAGCUUUUGGUCUAUGAGUACCAAGACAAUGGCAGUCUUCUCCUACUUCUACAAGGAAUCCAGACAGGCCAAAGAUUUCAUUGGAGUAGUAGACUUUCUAUAGCAGCAGGUAUCGCCGAUGCUUUAGCUUUCAUGCAUCAGGAGCUUCAACAUGACAGAAUUGCACAUGGAAACUUGAAAUCAUCAAACAUUUUCUUGACCAACAACAUGGAGCCAAUGAUCGGCGAAUAUGGCCUUAUGAGCAUUGCAGAAAUCAAUACUACUACAGCAAGCAAUUCCCAUAAUGUCUUCCCUAUAACUGAUGAAAAUGUAGGAGCAAUCUUUAAAGAAGAUGUUUAUGCAUUUGGUGUCAUUCUUUUGGAGUUGCUAACAGGGAAAGUGCAAAACAAUGGAAUUGAACUUGCAAGUUGGGUUGUUUCUGUGCUAAGAGAAGAAUGGACAGUUGAAGUGUUUGACAGAACUUUGAUACAAGAAGGUGCUAGUGAAGAAAGGAUGGUUAAUUUGUUACAAGUUGCUGUUAAAUGUGUGAACCAGUCUCAUGAGGCUAGGCCUAGUAUAAACCAAGUUGCUCUCAUGGUUACUACUAUACGAGACGAGGAUGACAGGUCCAUCGAUGUUUCUGCAAGUACUAGUACUAUCAUCUGAUCAGAACUCAAUGUUUCAAACUGUUCAUCAUUUUUCUCUUCAAGAAUCUAGUUAACUAUUCUUUAAGAUUGAAUUUUUGGACAAAGGAUGUACUUAU